AUGACUGCGCAGCGGGAAUAUGGCACCGUCAGCAAGGACGUGGGUGUCACGAACAGCGACACCGAGGGAGAGUCCAACAAAGACACACGGAUCUUGGAAAACCUAGGUUACAAACCUGUGUUGCACAGAACGUUUAAUGUUUUCCACAAUUUCGCCACGACUUUUGCUGCUCUUUACUUCAUUGGCGGUGUCCGCGUGACAUUCUCGACUGGAAUUGCAGCUGGCGGAAACUUGGCUUAUUGGACGAGUUUUAUCGUUACCUGCGUCUUCACAUUCAUUACCGCCGCUGUCAUCGCAGAGAUUUGCUCGUCACUUCCUCUCGCCGGUUCUAUCUACCUGUGGGCUGCUGAAGCUGGAGGGCCCAAAUAUGGAAGACUGCUUGGUUUUAUCGUUGCGUGGUGGAGUACUACCGCGUGGACAACGUUCUGUGCCAGCAACACUCAAGGAGCUGUCAACUACAUGCUUUCGGAAAUCGUCGUCUUCAACUUGGACUUCCCGUCUGACAGCUCAAGUAUCAAGUUCAGGGCGGUCCAAUGGGCUGCGACUGAAGUAAUGCUUGCCGCUGCCGCAAUUUGGAACUUGCUACCCCCUCGCUAUUUCAAAUGGAUAUUCUACCUCUCCACUGGCUUUGUCCUGUUGGACUUUGUGCUGAACAUGAUCUGGUUGCCCAUUGCCACGAAGAACACCAUCGGCUUCCGCUCAGCUCAUGACGCUUUCUUGACGACCUACAACGGAACCGGCGCCCCCGACGGAUGGAACUGGUGUCUCUCGUAUCUUGCCACUGCGGGUAUUCUCAUUGGCUUCGACGCCUCCGGGCAUGUUGCGGAAGAAACCAAGAACGCUAGUAUCGCGGCUGCACAAGGCAUCUUCUGGAGUACUGUGACCAGCGGCAUUGGCGGUUUCAUUGUCGUCAUUCUUUUUCUGUUUUGUGUUCCCGAUGCGGAUACCCUCUUCUCGUACGGUGGUGCUCAGCCGUUCGUGCCCUUGUACGCUGCCAUUCUUGGCCAGAGGGCACACAUCUUUAUGAACAUCAUCUGCAUUGUUGCUUUAUGGUUUAACACUGCUAUCGCUGUCCUUGCCGCCUCUCGCCUGGUCUUCGCCGUCGCUCGCGAUGGCGUCCUCCCGUACUCCUCCUGGGUUUCCAAGGUUGUCGACGGCCAACCCAGGAACGCGAUUCUCGUCGUGUGGGGAGUCGCUUCCGUCAUCACUUGCACGAUCCUCCCAUCUUCCGUGGCCUUCACCUCGCUGGUCUCCGCGGCAGGUGUCCCGUCGGCGGCCGCCUACGGCCUCAUCUGUCUGAGCAGACUUUUCCUGACUCCCAAGACAUUCCCCAAACCUGCUUGGAGUCUCGGAAAAUGGAGUCGCCCCUUCCAAGCGAUUGCAGUCUUGUGGAAUGGCUGGGUUGUGGCGGUGCUGUUCUCCCCGUAUGCCUUUCCUGUAGAGGCGUCAACACUCAACUACGCCCCGGUCAUCAUGGGCAUUGUCACCAUUUUCGCGGUGUUCUCAUGGUGGUUUAUCCCUGCUGAGAAGUGGCUGCCCUCUCAGCGUAUCCAGGAGACGUUGGAUGCCGGAGAGAGACCGUUGGUCGAGCACUAG